GCACAUGGAAUUGCGAAUCAAUUGCGCUUUUGCGCUCCAGCCAGCCGAGAUCACGGACGCAGCCGCCGCUCUUCAGUGCUGCGCACGGGCUGAGGACUGUAUUCCGACACCCCACUGCAGAGCUUUUAUUUGAAUAAGUUGGCUUUUUAAAUUUCGUUUCUUCAGGUAGACUGAUCUCUACUUUACGCGUUGGAGAAGAUGUCUCGACCUCUUUCUAUAAACCCAACUUUUCUACCUCCGACCCACGGCGUCCUGAAAUCCCUGCUGGAGAACCCCAUGAAGCUGCCCUUCCACCACGAUGAAGGUAAAGGGUUUGGGAAAGAGAAAGAGAAGAAUUUGGAAGAGGAUGGAGCUGCUCUCAACACUCCUCAGUCCGCCUUCUUGGGCCCGACACUGUGGGACAAGACCCUGUCAUACGACGGCGACAACUUCCAGCUGGAGUACAUGGAUUUAGAGGAGUUUCUGUUGGAGAACAAUAUUCCCGCCAACCCUGGGAGCAAGCAGAGCCGGCCUUCCCAGCAGCCCCUGCAGCAGCAGCAGCUGCCCUCCGCCCCGCCCACGCCUUCGGUGGUGGAUCUCAGUAACCGGACGGCCGCGUCCGUUCACUCCGGCAUCGUGGGCCAGAACUGCCUCCAGAGUCCCAGCAGAGCAGUUCUCCCCUCACGUGACACAGCCAGUCCCAUAGAUCCAGACCAGAUCCAGGUUCCGGUCAGGUACGAGCCCGACCCCGCCGACCUCGCCCUCUCCAGUGUCCCGGGACAGGAAAUCUUCGACCCACGCAAGCGCAAAUUCUCAGCAGAGGAGCUGAAGCCGCAGCCCAUGAUCAAGAAGGCGCGCAAGGUCUUCAUUCCAGAGGACUUGAAGGACGACAGAUACUGGGCACGGCGCAGAAAGAACAACUUCGCAGCCAAACGCUCCCGGGAUGCUCGCCGGGUGAAAGAGAACCAGAUCGCCAUUCGCGCGGGAUUCCUGGAGAAAGAGAACGUGGCGCUCAGACAGGAAGUGGCCGACCUGCGGAAGGAACUCGGCCGCUGUAAGAACAUUCUGGUCAAAUACGAGGCGCGACACGGCCCUCUGUGAGCCCCUCCCACCCCGCACAAACCCCGCCCACCUCCACAAAUGCCCUGCCCACCACCAACCCCCCAGGGACUUCUGCGUGCCUCUUUAAGAGGCGACAAAUUCUCCUCUUCUUUUUUUUUUCACGUUUCUCUUUUCACUUUUCUCUUUACAAACCCAGUUUGCGUUCUUUAGUUGAUUUUGUAUUUCAUGUGUGUGUUUUUCCUCUUGUGUAGUUUCACACAUUCACUUCUCUCUCUUUCCUUUUAUUUGUUCCGUUCGUCCAUUUAUUCCUUCACCAACGAUGGAUCGUUUAUCUGGAAAUGGUUUUCUCUGGAGUGUUUUAUACACCUGUAACAUGGACUGAUAAAUAUUUUCCUCGCCGCUCGCCCUCUUGUCUGUCAAUCAACCGCUUGGCCCACCCCCCUCUUCCCAGAGGCUCCGCCCACUUCCUGUUGCUCUAGCUUCUUUUUGUGUAUAUUAAUGUAUUUUAGUUGAAUAGCUGUAACGCACCGACACCUUUCGUUCUGUGAAGUGUGUAAAACACUAGCUAGCGUCAGAACAUGAUGUUUGUUUUGUUCUUUUCCUAUUCUAUGUGUUUUGUCUGUUUUAUUUCACCAUUUCUUUUAAACCAACACCAGCGUAGUUUUUGGCGUCUUUCCCGCAUUGUCCAUAGAGCAAUAAGCCUGAAUCUCUUCAGAGGGCAAAACACAUGAAAUGUAAGCUAGCCUGUUUCAUAGCGCCAUCAUUUCUGCUGUAGUGCGGAAACUUUCCCUUCAAAACUUUCCCUCCAAAAAUGCUGAAUCCAUAUUUUUCUGUCUUUCUGUCUCGCUCUAACUCCCUGCACUAAUGCGUGUUUCACAAUCUGAUCUGGUGCAAUGUUUCUACCUACACUAUAAUCUGCCUGAUAUAUUUAUGGACUUUCGUUUUAUUUUAUUUUUUUUGAAUGGAAGAAAUUUUUUCAAAAAUAUUCAGCUGUUAAUUACUACUAUUGUUAUAGCUGUUCUUAUUGUUAUGGCUGUAUAGUAAUUUUUCCUGAUUGUUUAUUGUUUUAUUGGAUAUUUCAGCAUGACUUUGCAGAGUUGCAGCCUAAAUCUAAUUGUGAAUGG